AUGCCGACUAUCUCGAGCGACAGCCUAGCCCGCCUGCUCGGCACACUACCACAAGAGCUCCCUCAGUACGAUGAGAUCUACGACCUGACCUUCACCUGCGAGCGCACAGUCCACAGCAUCGUCGAGCGACCAUCUCGUGCCAGCUUCAAGAGCAAGCAAAAGGCGCAUCCCAUCCACUUGCUUCACGUGGACCGCGAAAGCCGCAACUUCUACGCCAAGUCAUACUUCGCCACCACAACCAUCUUCUUACUGCGCAUUGGCAUCCACGACCAACCUCGAGCUCAGGGCAGAAAGGUCGUGAAAUGA